GCCUAAACGCAACCUCCCAAACUGACACAGCAAUCACAAAAAAACAGACGACCAUGACGCACCAACCGCCUCGAAGACCAAAACGCAGCAGCAGGAGCCGCCGAGACUCCGCAUCUAGUAGACAGCUGCCCUUUUGGAGUCAGGAAAGACCUGCUCAGGAGACGGCGGCUUAUCAUGAUCCCUUGCUGGACUCCCAUCGUAGGGACUCACAACACAACCACUACCGCCUCCACGACAGACCGCAACAGAGUCGAAGCCUGAUUCCCUGGUCACCAGGACAAACCAUCGCUUCUGAUUCGCCUCCGUCAGGCAUGGAUCCAUACAUCCAUGAAUCUGGUGAUGAAUAUAGCGUCGACAGAACCAUGUACGAGGAGGCUGACGACGAAGAAGAUUCGACGCGCUGUUGCCGUCUUCCAUCAUGUUGUUGCUUCCUUCCGUUCUUCUGCUGUUGCUGUCGUGGCUGUUCCCGCCCUACGUCCGACCAAGAAGACAGUGGUCGACAAGAGAACUCUCGAAUCAGGAUUCGAAGACGUGGAGUUUGCCUCAGACUAUCCUAUUUCGUGCUUGUGAUGUUGACGUUUGCGGCUCUCUACUACAAGUCGUCCAAGUGCACUAACCAGAACUGGACCAUGAAUGUGGGAGAAAGCCGUCACGUUGCGACUGCUGGUUUCCUUACUGACUCUGUCCAAGUGACUACCAAGACAACCUCGUCAUCAUCGUCAGGUGAUGGAAGGAAGAAGAACCACACAAUCUACUACGAGAACAACGACAAUCAGACAGUGUCUCGCGGAGUGGCUGUGUACGCCAUGGGAAGUCCCCACUGUCCUCUCCUCAAUGGACCACCGGUGACGCUCGAUUCUCCCACCCAAAAGUUGGUCCUUCUGCCCCAUGCUUUUGAGUACCAGUACUUUUAUUUGAACAAGGGAUCCACGAUGCACAUAUCCGUGCACCAGAUGCAAGGAGCAACCAACAUUCUCGUCUUGAAAGGAAACAAAGUAUUGUCGCGCAUUCAAGACAAGAAAAAGAAUGCAGAUGCCUAUGACUUGAUGAGCGACUUGGAGCUAGAGUUCAACAUUGAACAAAUACUCUUGGAACGCUUUUCUUGGACCCAAGAGAGAGCCCCCAUUGAGUUUUCGUUCACAUCUCCAGCCAACGACGUGUAUGUCCUGCUCUACGACAACGCAGCCAUGAGUGAAGGAGCAACGCUGAAUGUGAAAUACCAUAGCGUCCUAACAACUUAUGACCUGGAAGGGCUCGUACCUUGGUGCAGCCAUGCAUCGCCUGUAAACCCCUCGGAUGACGACGUUAUGGAACUGUCCUAUUUCUCUUGUCCCCCGCUGCAGGUGUCCAUGGCAGGUUGUAUCAUUGUUCAGGCCAUACAGAGGCAUCCCCACAGUCAAAAUCAUACCAACGAUGACUAUUUCCAGCUUGGAGGCGAUGGAACUAUGGAAGUUACCGUCAACGUAACCAGGCAGUGGUGGUACAUCAGCGCGUUGGCGACGAUUCCAGCGUUGUUUUUGGCAUUGAUUUGCUACUGCCGCAAAAGGCGACAAAGACGGAGGCUGAGGAGGUGGCGAGAGCGAUACUAUCGAAGAACGGCUUCUCGUGACAUGCCACAGCCACAGCGUGAAGAACCCAGCUACCAGUAUAUGCAACUACAGGAAGGUGGCGAAGAAUCUGAUGGCAACGCAGAGGGUGAAAACAUCACUUCAGAAGCCCAACAACUUAGGUCUUCGUCAGAAGGAGGCAACACAACAAUGAUUCCAGCAGAGAAUGUUGUUGUUGUAUCCAACCAAUGAGCGUUGCUUUGGCAGGGCCUUCACGGCCAUAGCACAGCAAGUGGAUCUAGUGGAUCUAUGGAGGCUUGAUAGUACACUUUUACUUUAUUAGAACACUGUUUGUAC